AGCACAAAAAGGAAUUAUCUGAAGUUUUAACAGUACAAAUGUUGUGUGUGAAAUAGAAGUCAGAUUGUGAUCUUUGCUGUUCCAAAAUGAAAUUAGGAAUAUAUGCUAUCUUAAUGUGCUGUGUUAUCGGUUCCUUUGUCGAUGGAAGGAAAGCGUUGUUACCAGAAUUCAGUUUCAAAAGACCAUCACGGACAAGUGAUGCAGGAGUGCGUACAUCUUUCACCGGUACAUCCUUAUUAAACAAAGCACAUCAAAGCCCGCUCAAAACUACAAAUCGUGGAAGAAUGGGGUUAGCAGAGGAACCCCGUAAAAUACCUACUACUAGACAUCGAGCUCCAAAACAAACAAAUCGGCUUCCUGAAAGUAAAGUCCCCACCCAAUCAAUGCAAAGGGCACAACCCAUUUUGUUACAGGAGCAUGGCUUUAGCCGCAAAGACCAAGAAACAAAUGUUGCAGGACAUACUAUGUCGUCUCCGAAAGGAAAAUGGGAAAAUAAGAUGAAAUUCGAUCGGCUGUCUGAGGGAGAAGUGUCUUCGAAAUAUGAUAAAUCUGAAAAGUUUCCUCCAAGAUUUGUUCCUUUUCAGGAAAAUAGCGCGUGGCAAACAUCUCCACAUUCUACAGUCAGCGUUACCAUGGUUACUGAGAAAUCAGUAGGUUCUCCGCGACCUUAUAAAGACAUCCCAUACUGCUCCUGGAUAGAUCCUUCUGAUUGCCCGGAUGUUAGCAAAGUAAAAUCCGAAUGCGUAGAAUCACCGACGAUUCCGGCGCUGGAAGGCGAGUGUAAAAUGUGUCCUUUUAACUGGUGCACGGGACCAAAUGACACGAUUGAAAGUGGCAAAUUGCUCGAACAAUCUCCGUUAGAUAUCGUUAUAAAUGAAGGAGGAAACGUCGGACAUGCAAUAAAUCAGCCAUUUUCAGGACAGGGACAGCAUAGCUGGCGUUUGAAAUCUGUGAAUGACCCCCGCUCCGUAACCACCACUGAGAUUCCAUUUUGGAAUUUUCAGACUUUUGGGCCGUGAAAUUAAUAUUCAAGAUUUUUUAUCUUUUUUACCAUUUACAUUCUUCAGUUUCAGGUGUGACACAAUUAUCAUCAUUUCAACUGUCAAAAUAACAGCGCGCAGUAGACCUAAACGACAUGACCAUAAUUGUAUUUAUGAGCAACGUGGUCGUUCAUCAGAUACACUUGGAAUUACACACGUGAUGUGAAAGGAUAUGCGUGUCCCUAGGGUAGAACCUCAUUUAGGCAGCUCUAUAGCAUUGGACCGAAUUAUCGUAUUCCCGUGUAAACAAGAACAGGGACUGAGAAUUAUCUGUAGUAACCUUGUCGUCAUUUUUAACCUUCUAAACCUGUUGGUUGAAUUAAUUAAGUAUAUAUGUAUGUGUGAGGCCUGUUCAAUGAAACGCUUCAGAUGCAGAGGCAUGUACUAUUGUAGCAUUAUACGCCCAAAACCAAUAAAAGUUUGUAUAUACAGUACUUUUAAAAAAUCUUUGAAUAGAUUCCAAUAAAUGUGCAAAAU